UCCAUUGUUCUUCUCUAUAUAAUUAUUUGUCCAUCUUUGUUUUUCAUUUCCUUCUCUCAUAUUGCUCCUUUUCAAUUUCCCUCUCUAGAAACCACUAAACUUGAAGAAUUUUACUUUUUUUUUCCCUUAAAUAUUGUCUUUCUUUUACGUUUCAGAAGUUUACUCUUUUACCCAUUUCCCUAUAGUGAUCUUAGAAGCCAAAAAAAAAAAAAAAAAAUGGGAGUUGGAGGAACUUUGGAGUAUUUGUCUGAUUUAAUGGGCAAUGGCCAUAAACACAAGAAGAGGAAGACAUUGCAAACGGUUGACCUUAAAGUCAGAAUGGAUUGUGAUGGCUGUGAGCUUAAGGUCAAGAAGGCUCUCUCUUCCUUAAGUGGAGUGAAAUCUGUGGAGAUCAACAGAAAGCAACAUAAGGUGAGUGUAACAGGGCAUGUGGAAGCAAGCAAAGUGUUGAAGAAAGCAAAGUCAACAGGGAAAAAAGCAGAGAUAUGGCCUUAUGUUCCAUACAAUCUGGUGGCUCAGCCUUAUGCAGCUCAGGCUUAUGACAAGAAAGCGCCUCCUGGUUAUGUUAGGAAGGUUGAGAACACCGCCAACACUGCCACUGUGGUCAGAUAUGAGGACCCCUACAUCACCAUGUUCAGUGAUGACAACCCAAAUGCCUGCUCUAUCAUGUAACAUCAUUGCCUUUCAAAAAAAAAAAAAAUA